GUACCGUUUAUAUAUAGAAGGAAUUUCCUAGAAAAGAUUUUAAAUCCUCUUAGUAAACGGUGCUAUAAGAAUAUACUUUUAAUAGCUGCUAUAAAGCUUAUUAUAACAGAGCCCGAUGCUAAUAUAAGUUCUCCUACCUACUAUAGCCUUAAGAGAGCUCUUCUAAAGGUAGAGUUAAGUAGCAGCUUAAUAUUUAAAACGCUAUAA